AUGGAAACACAAGCAAUUUUAAGAAUUUCUAUAUACUUUUUGGUGCUUUUCAUCUUCACCUUUUCUAAUACGCAAGCUGAUGACUAUUAUGAUUUGGAGCCUUCUCAUUUACUUGCCUUUGAGUGUCCCAAAGAAUGUUUUUGUCCACCUAACUUCCCACGUGCUUUAUAUUGUGACAGUAAAGGUCUGAAAGAAGUGCCUCCCAUCCCAUCGAGAAUUUGGUACCUAUAUCUACAUAGUAAUGCUAUUGAGACACUUAAUGAGAAAGCAUUUGUGAAUGCUACUCAACUAAGAUGGAUUAAUCUGAACAAAAAUAAGCUUACCAACAAAAAGAUAGAGAAGAAUUUAUUUAAGAAUAUGAAGAACCUACUUUACUUAUUUCUAGAGGACAAUGAAUUAGAUGGAAUACCAGCACCAUUGCCAAACACUUUGGAGCAACUUCGUUUGGCAAGGAAUAAAAUUUCAAAGAUUCCAGAAAGUGUUUUUAAGAAUUUAGAAAACCUUACCCUAUUGGACUUACAUCAUAACAAGCUUACAGAUGGUUCCUUUCCAGCUGAUGCUCUUACAGGACUCAAGAACCUAAUGCAAUUGAAUGUGGCCAAGAAUUCACUCAAGAAAAUGCCAACAGGCCUUCCUACUAAUACCAUACAAUUGUAUUUAGAUAACAAUAACAUUGAGGCUAUACCUAAGAACUACUUUAACAAGAUACCUAAAAUAGCUUUUCUUAGAUUAAACUACAACAAAUUAUCUGAUUCCGGUGUGCCAGCAAAUGUGUUUAAUAUUACCUCUAUGUUAGACUUGCAGUUGUCAUACAAUGAACUGGCUUCUGUGCCAACUGUCAAUGGUCAUCUGGAGCGUCUUCAUCUUGAUCACAACAAGAUAAAAAAUAUUAACGGAACUAUUAACUGUCCCAAUGAAGUAAGAGAAGAAUUUGACUCUCAUUUUCCUCUCGGACCCCGUCUUCGUUAUUUGCGACUGGAUGGAAAUGAAAUUCAACCACCAAUCCCACUUGAUCUUAUUAUUUGUUUCAGACUUUUGCAAACUGUAGUGAUUUAA